AUGGUGACGGGUGACGAGUUACUGUAUGUCGGCUUCAACCAGGACCACGGCUGCUUCGCCUGCGGCACGAAAUCUGGCUUCGUCGUUUACAAUUCUUACCCGUUAAAAAUAAAACAACGCCGUGUGAUCCAAGGCUUGUCGUCUGGAUGUUCAAAAGUGGAGAUGCUUUACCGCUGCAAUUUCUUGGCUCUAGUCGGUAGAGAAUCUUGUCCACAGUUGCCAUCGACUAAAGUGGCAGUUUGGGACUGCGAAACGCGACAAGUGGCAGCAGAACUCGCUUUCUCGUCUGAUGUCCGGAGAGUCAGGCUGUCGAGAGAUCGAAUCGUUGUCGCGCUAGAUACAAUGGUGAAAGUUUUUACGUUCACUCGACCGCCACAGCAAAGCGACGUCUUCGAAUCAGGUCCGAAUCCAAAUGGACUUCUAGUUCUUUCUCCCAGCUACCAAAACGUGGUAAUCGCCUUCCCCUCACGAAAAGUCGGCUACGUUACUCUAAUCAGGCUCAUUGCGGAAGGCGCCAACGACGAAAAGGAGAUCGAAGCGCAUAAAGGAAAACUCGCACAAAUUGCAAUUAGCCAAGACGGAAAACUACUAGCCACGGCUUCAGCCAAGGGAACACUAAUUAGAGUUUGGAACACGGCGACACUUGAAAAGGUGUACGAAUUGAGAAGAGGAGUAAGCGACGCCUUCACAUAUUCAAUAAAUUUUUCCUCCGACUGCUCCCUUCUCUGCUCCCUUUCCUCCCGCGGCACGUGUCACAUUUGGAAGCUAUCAGAUGCCCAGGACAAGAAGUCACUUCUCGACGGCAGGAGAAGCGUCGCACAAGUGCAAAUUCCUGACUUUGUUCAAAAAUCAGGGUUCGACCCCAGCGUGGAGCCGUAUCAGUGCGCGUUCACUCCGGACAUGAAGCGGCUGCUGGUCAUUUGCGACAACGGCACCUAUCACAGAUAUCGUCUGCGUCUCGCCAAGGGCCAGGAGCCUCUCCAUGAGCAUUCUGUAAAUUUCCUCUCUCAAUCGUGA